UUUUUUUAUGAAUGAAAGCUGCUAGCCCUCUGAUGGUGGAGUGAUUCCGGGAAAAGGGCGUUUUGCUCUCUCGUCUAAACACGGGCAGUACUGCUUUAAUGUAAGUUGAAAUACCGGAGAAGCGGUGAGAAUCGUGGCCUUUUCGAUAAUCGGCGACGUGUGAAAUAAGGCGAAGAAGAGAAAUCAACACCAGGUUACAGGGAUACAUUCAACCAGACAAUGACUUCAGACUGCAGAGCUAGUAAAGCCCUAAAGGUGAAAAGGGAAUGUGGGGAGAACGUACCAGUCCUGAGUGACAGUGAGCUGAUGUCACUCUCAGUGCGUGAGCUGAACCUGCACUUACGUGGUUUGUCAAGGGAGGAGGUGCAGAAGCUGAAGCAGAGACGGCGUACGCUGAAGAAUCGUGGCUAUGCAGCGAGCUGCCGGGUGAAGCGCGUGUCCCAGCGCGAGGCCCUGGAGCAGCAGAAGAAGGAGUUGCAGCGGGAGGUGGAGCGGCUGGGGUCCGAGAACGCAGGCAUGCGGCGUGAGUUGGAAGGGCUGGGUGCCCGUCUUGCUGCACUGCAGCGCUUCGCCCGAGGUUUGGAAUCUGGAGGAGGCAGCCUGCUGGCCACCACACCCCGCCUCAACACAGCCUCCGUCAUCACAAUAGUGAAGACACCCCAGCAGGCGCACACCACUAGAGAGCAAGGAGCAUCCUAGGGGCAUCUCACUCACAUAGAGACGCAGACACACAUGGUACACAAUAUGAUCCCAUAGACAGACAGGACCGUGUUUGUUCAGUUGAAGACACCUAUUCAUUUGUACUCAUAUUUACAGCAGCAAAAACACAUUCCAGAUGGAAAACAGUUGCAUCUAUUCACUUCGGUAUACACACACACACACACACACACACACACAGAGAGACUAUAAAUACACUCUUAAAAUGUCCAAGAAUAAUCUCAGUACUGUUGUGCUGGCCUCAAUAUAAUGACAAGUGUAUAAGUCUGCAUUAAGCAAUUGCUAUUAUGCCCAUAUUGAUAUUACUGUGCUUUCUGGGAGACCAUCCAUGUUGCAAAUAGUCCUAACAACACAGUUGUCUUCACUAGACUUAUGUGUGACCAUGAACAUUUUAGAAGCUGGUUAGUUUUGCUGGAAUAUCUCUUGGGUAUUAAUGAAUCAUGGGACUGUAGAAUGUUAAAUCAGUGCAGAUUUAUUGCUACAUGCAAUUUAUAUAUAUAUUCAUGUUUUUAUAAAAUACAAAUGUUCUACAACAGACAUGAAAGCUAUUUUAUUUGUGUUCAAGACAGGUAAUUUGUGCAGUGAUUGGUCUAAAUACUACUAGUUUGGGGACAUUCUCUUGAAUAUUGUAAUGGAUUUGACACAUGUUUUUUUUGUAAUGUUUACUUGUUGUAAUGAAUAGUGUGGUAAUGGUAAGGUAUUUGGCCCCAUUACUUGUAAGAUGAUUCAGUAUGUGUGAAGGUUGUAUUUGUACUUAUAUUAGAGCAGCUUGUUUGUAGUGGUAUUUUUGUAUUUAAAACCAAGACCAUAUAUAUUAUUUGCUAUUUAUGAUUAAAAACUUAUCUGAAUAUUUUGGACAGUUGGAAUAUUAAAAACAAAAUACCAUUAGAAGGACAGAGUAGAAUGAGAAUCUGAGGAAGAAGUGAAAAUAGAGGACAAAGAGGAAGAGCGAAGCCAUGAGAAGUCAGCACUUACAUGGGUGGGAAAAAGGAGUGACUGAGGGAAAGUUUGAGAGACUGAAAUAAGAAAUGGUGUCACAUGUGCGUCACAUUAACCCAUGAUCAUCAAGAAGGUUCUUGCCAGCUACAAGGCUGGGUUACAGUAGAUGGGGGUAAUACUGUAUGACCGGUUAAUAAUCAAUGAUUUUAAACAUUUUGAUAUUUCUGGUGAUUUUCUAAUUUGACAUGUAUUUAGUUAUGUUGUUGUCCAUACUGAGCAUCAUGUAAAAUGCCCAUGCCCACACUUCUGCUUCCAAAUGUGUUGAAUGUUUUGUAAGACGGGCAGAUCACAAAAAAAAUAUAUUAUGUUUGUAUUUAUUAUCUGUAUUUUUCUAUGGUAAAUUCAGUGUAUAUUUUA